CCGCCCCGCGCGCCGGCGAAGGACAAAGUGUCGGAGCGGGGCCCGCCGUCAGCCUCCGCGCCGCGCUGCCGCCAGAGCAGCCCCUCUGCGCGCCGCCGCCAUCUUACGAGGUCGCCAUGUUCUCAUCCAUCGCGCCGCUCGCCCGGCUCAACCCUUUCUACGCGCCGCACUUGCAGCUGUGCCAGGAUGGGGUGAGGAAGCGCGCGGAGCCGGCGGAGGCGCCAGCCACGCGGCGGACCUUGGCGGCCGCGUCCGCCGCCGAAGAAUACAGUUGUGAAUAUGGCUCGCUCAAGUUUUAUGCUCUCUGUGGCGUUGGUGGGGUCCUAAGUUGUGGCCUGACACACACUGCUGUGGUACCUCUGGAUUUAGUGAAAUGUCGUAUGCAGGUUGAUCCACAAAAAUACAAGAGCAUCUUCAAUGGAUUUUCAGUGACAAUCAAAGAAGACGGCGUUCGUGGCCUGGCGAAGGGAUGGGCUCCCACCUUUUUUGGGUAUUCCAUGCAAGGCCUUUGUAAAUUUGGUUUCUAUGAAGUUUUCAAAAUCUUGUAUGGCAACAUGCUGGGAGAGGAAAAUGCCUAUCUGUGGCGUACUUCGCUGUAUUUAGCGGCAUCUGCCAGUGCGGAGUUUUUUGCUGACAUUGCUCUGGCUCCAAUGGAAGCUGCUAAAGUUCGUAUCCAGACACAGCCUGGCUAUGCCAACACUCUGCGGCAGGCUGUGCCCAAGAUGUUCGCAGAAGAAGGCAUCUGGGCUUUCUAUAAAGGCGUUGCUCCACUAUGGAUGAGACAGAUUCCAUACACAAUGAUGAAAUUUGCCUGCUUUGAACGAACUGUGGAAGCUCUCUACAAGUAUGUCGUUCCUAAGCCACGAAGUGAAUGUACAAAAGGAGAACAGCUGGUAGUCACAUUUGUUGCAGGUUAUAUUGCUGGUGUGUUCUGCGCAAUUGUCUCCCAUCCUGCUGACUCCGUGGUGUCAGUGUUGAACAAAGAGAAGGGCAGUUCUGCUUCACAGGUUCUUCAGAGGCUUGGAUUCAAAGGCGUAUGGAAAGGUCUGUUUGCUCGUAUCAUUAUGAUUGGUACCCUGACUGCACUACAGUGGUUCAUCUACGACUCUGUGAAGGUUUAUUUCAGACUUCCUCGUCCACCUCCACCUGAAAUGCCAGAAUCUCUGAAGAAGAAGCUUGGUCUAACUGAGUAGACAACUCAUGGACUGACUAUGCUGGCUGCCCCAGUGAUGAGUUUCAUGAAACUUUUAUAUAUUUGACUCUGUAGAAAACAAACUAUAUGAUGUCAUUAUUGGCUGUGCCCUCAUCUCACAUGAGGGUUUAAAUUCUACCACUGUCAUUGCCUGAAAUAAAUGAGAAACAGAG